GAUCAGGUGAGCAACAGAGGCGCGUCGGAGUGUACUGAUCGCCCCACUGAGUUUACUAUAAGUUUACCUCCCGUCACCACCUCUUAUAUGAAGGUUCCCAGUGAGAGUGAAUGAACCUGAAUCUUAAUGUGUUCGUGAUGUGGGCCUCGCUACUGUGUGUCCCUCUCCUCCUCGCCUCCGUCCACGGGUGCGGGGAGGUGAGGCCCCGGGCGGAGGUGGUGUGCUACUACAGCAGUGGUGACAGCGAGGCAGGUGCUGUGGCUGCUGCCCUCGACCCCUGCAAGUGUACGGUCCUGGUGGUCACCGGCGCCACCCUCCACACCGACCUGGCUCUCUCCUCCACCCUCGACAUGAAGGAGGUGAAGGCGCUGAAGGAGAAGAACCCGGACCUGAGGGUGGUGGUGUCCGUGGGAGGAGACAGGGUGAAGAGCGAGACCUUCUCGCUGCUGACGGCGUCCGUCGACGGCGUGGCCAACUUCACCAAGGGCGUCCUCGACUUCCUGGUCGCCAACGAUCUCGACGGCAUCGAAGUGGACUGGCGCUGGCCGGGCGCCGCCGGCGGCCACAAGGAGAAGGACGACCUUACCACGCUCAUGAAGGUCCUGCGACUAGUUCUGGACCAGCGAGUCCACAGCGUGAGUCGCAGAGCAGCCCAAGACGACCCGACGGAAGCCCUGCUGGAGGAGGUGACGGAGGCGGUGACAGAGGAAGGUGACGACGCUGGACUGACCACCAUUGAGCCACAGCUGGAGCUCGACAGCUCGGGGUCAGACUACGCGGAGUUGGACUCCGGCUCCCAGUACGAGGUGACGCUCAGGCCCACUCCCGCUGAGGUAAGCUUCCAGGUGACACACCACUCACAUAAGGAGAAGACAGAGGACAAGGAAGGCAAGAACAACACAAAGUCACCUAAACGGCCGUACCGUGGGCGGGUCAAGUUCAGAGACUACUUCAAGGUGGAGGACCACCCCAGCCUCACCACCGCCAAGCCCACCCACUCCACCCUGGCCGCCACACCCAAGGUGGCCAAGGCGCGCAAAAGAGGGCAGCGGGUUAGAGGUGAAGCGGUGAGACGUCUUGGGAGAAGAAGGCGACCCCAGCAGACCCCAACGACCCCCACGACCCCCACGGCCUCCACGACCCCCACAGCCUCCACCACCCACACCAUCCUCCUCAUGAUGACCCUCUCCCCCUCCCCGGAGUACAUCGUCAAGGGAUACGACCUCAAGGAACUGGCCAAGAUCGUCGACCUCUUCAGCCUACCCACCCACAACCUGACGGAGGAGGAGGUCGCCAGGCCUGACGCCGCCAUCCAGACCUUCCACCACUCUCGCCUCAUGGGGGUUUCCGACCUCCACAACGCUGACUCUGUGGUGGACCUGGUGGUGAGCCUGGGAGUGCCCCUGGAGCGCCUGGUGCUGGGAGUGCCCACCACAGCCGCACUCUUCACCCUCAAGCACCAAGACGACAACUCCGUCGGCGCCUCCGCCCUGAAGACUCCAGUCUUCACCCCAUACUCGCAGGCGUGUGUCAUGAUGGCGAGCGGCAACUGGACGGUGGAGCGCGACGAGGACCUCACGGGGCCCUACGCCUUCUCCAACACCACCUGGCUCGCCUUCGACGACGCCACCAGCGUUAAGAUCAAGAGCAAGUAUGUGCUCCUGAGGGGUCUGGCCGGCGUCGCCCUUCACAACCUCCGCCAUGAUGACUGGCGAGACUCCUGCAGCCAGGGCGCCUUCCCCAUCCUCUCCUCCGUCUACGACACCUUCACCCAGCUGGCAAGGACCCCACGUCGAGCCCUUCUGCAGAGUCUGGUGGACGACCUGGAGGCCGCAGAGUCGUCCGUCAACUCCGUAUCCGUCGCUACUCGCGGGGACCUGCGCAACUCUCCCUACAAGAUAGUCCGCGUGGUGGACAGGACAGGAGCCAUCAAAGCCUUCAGAGACGCCUCUGACAGCCGGUUCGAGUGCUCCCGCCAGGGCUACUACCGGGACCCUGCUGACUGUUCCCAGUUUUAUCGCUGCGUAAAGUUUAACCAAUAUAUCGAUGAUUUCACCGUCUUUGAGUACUCGUGCCCCAACGGCCUGGUGUUUGACGACCGCUGGGAGAUCUGCGCCUGGCCCUCGGCGGCUCCUCCCUGCGACGGAUCAUCAGAGAUCUUCCCGGUGCCCCGCAAGAAGUUUGUCUGUCCAGGUGAAGGGUAUUUCACAGACCCGGAGAACUGUCGCUGGUUCUUCGCUUGCAGAGACUACUACGGCAACGACACUUACUUACAGUAUGAAUUUAGGUGUCCAUUCGGUCUUGCCUACGAUGAAGAUAACGGUAUCUGCAACUGGCCCUGGCUAGUAGGUUCUUGUGGACUAAGUGGCCAGGCUCCCGGCGACUAUGGCGUGGCAGCGGGCGCAGUACCGGUGCGGGUGGAUGCCAUAGCAACAGGUGGGUUUGGCCGAGGCAAGAACAUAGCGAGCAGCGGUGCAGUGACCCAGAGUCUUCGUGAGGGAGGCAGGGAGAGCUGCACGGACUGCAGCUCUGUUGAGAUGACGAUCGGUGGGAAGGGCGUGUACGACGUCGAUAAAGGCAUCAUAGUUUCUGCCGAACUCAGUAACGAGCGACUGUCUUACAAGAGCUUCGUGUCCUCGGAACAGUCCACAUUCUCGGGCACCAAGUCAAGAGGACAUUCUCGCGGGCGCGGAAAGCAGGGUAGCACGGGUAUUGGCUCUGGCGCCUUCGGUUCAUCCUUAGAUCAGUUGGAUGGCCGCGGUACUUCCUCAGGAGGUCAAGCAGCCGAGAAAUACGAUUACUCUCGCCCCUCACAAGGGCUGCCUUCCGCAGUCUCCAGCAGCAGAGGCUCCAGCGGCCACAGAACACCCGCCACUGACACCCUUCCCGCCUCACCUGUCUCAACAACCUCUGGAUAUGAUUACUCCGAACCCCAGCAAACUGUCCGCCCUUCGACUUCGCGCCGCCCAGCGACCUCGCGCGGCCCAUCGACCUCGCGCCGCCCAGCGACUUCGCGCCGCCCAUCGACCUCCGGGUCAGCAGUAACGUCAGCCCUGACAGUGUUCUCCCCCAGCAGUGGGUCUCCAGUCAGUAAAACACCCGCUGGGUAUUCUUAUUCUGGCCCCGACAAGUCCCCCACUUCUUUCUCUCCCAGCACCUCACAGUCUCUAUCUUCCUCUGGUGGAUUUGGCAGUGGUGGUGGAUCAGGAGGACGUGGUGGAGUAGGCGGAAGUGGUGGAUUUGGCAGUGGUGGUGGAUCAGGACAUGGUGGAGUAGGUGGCAGUGGUGCUGGAUCAGGGGGACAAGGUGGAGUAGGCGGUAGUGGUGGAUUUGGCAGUGGUGGAGCAGGCGGUAGUGGUGGAUUUGGCAGUGGUGGUGGAUCAGGAGGACGUGGUGGAAUAGGCGGAAGUGGUGGAUAUGGCAGUGGUGGUGGAUCAGGAGGACGUGGUGGAGCAGGCGGUAGUGGUGGAUCAGGACAUGGUGGAGUAGGUGUCAGUGGUGGAUUUGGCAGUGGUGGUGGAUCAGGGGGACAAGGUGGAGUAGGCGUAAGUGGUGGAUUUGGCAGUGGUGGAGCAGGUGGUAGUGGUGGAUUUGGCAGUGGUGGAGCAGGCGGUAGUGGUGGAUUUGGCAGUGGUGGUGGAUCAGGAGGGCGUGGUGGAGUAGGCGGUAGUGGUGGAUCAGGAGGACACGGUGGAGUAGGGGGUAGUGGUGGAUUUGGCAGUGGUGGUGGAUCAGGACAUGGUGGAGUAGGCGGUAGUGGUGGAUCAGGAGGGCGUGGUGGAGUAGGCGGUAGUGGUGGAUCAGGACAUGGUGGAGUAGGUGUCAGUGGUGGAUUUGGCAGUAGUGGUGGAUCAGGGGGACAAGGUGGAGUAGGCGGAAGUGGUGGAUUUGGCAGUGGUGGUGGAUCAGGACAUGGUGGAGUAGGCGGUAGUGGUGGAUUUGGCAGUAGUGGUGGAUCAGGAGGACACGGUGGAGUAGGGGGUAGUGGUGGAUUUGGCAGUGGUGGAUCAGGAGGACACGGUGGAGUAGGCGGUAGUGGUGGAUCAGGAUAUGGUGGAGUAGGUGGCAGUGGUGGAUCAGGGGGACAAGGUGGAGUAGGGGGUAGUGGUGGAUCAGGACAUGGUGGAGUAGGCAGUAGUGGCGGAUUUGGCAGUGGUGGUGGAUCAGGAGGACGUGGUGGAGUAGGCGGUAGUGGUGGAUCAGGAUAUGGUGGAGUAAGGGGUAGUGGUGGAUUUGGCAGUAGUGGAUCAGGAGGACAAGAUGGGUUAGGCGGAAGUGGUGGAUUUGGCAGUAGUGGUGGAUCAGGACAUGGUGGAGUAGGCGGUAGUGGUGGAUUUGGCAGUAUUGGUGGAUCAGGACAAGGUGGAGUAGGCGGAUUUGGCAGUAGUGGUGGAUCAGGGGGACAAGGUGGAGUAGGGGGUAGUGGUGGAUCAGGAUAUGGUGGAGUAGGCAGUAGUGGUGGAUUUGGCAGUAGUGGAUCAGGAGGACAAGGUGGAGUAGGCGGAAGUGGUGGAUUUGGUAGUAGUGGUGGAUCAGGACAUGGUGGAGUAGGCGGUAGUGGUGGAUUUGGCAGUAUUGGUGGAUCAGGAGGACAAGGUGGAGUAGGGGGUAGUGGUGGAUUUGGCAGUAGUGGAUCAGGAGGAAGUGGUGGAGUAGGCGGAAGUGAUGGAUUUGCCAGUAGUGGUGGAUCAGGAGGACAUGGUGGAUCAGGCAGUAGUAUUGGAUCAGGGCAAGGUUCUGUUGGCAGUGGUGGAUUCGAAAGUAGUAGAGGCUCCCUAGGACACGAUGGAUCAGGGAGCGGUGGAUCAAGUGACAUCAGUGGAUCAACUAGUAGCAGAGGAUAUGGAGACAGAGGUGGAUCACGACGUGGUGGAUCACGACGUGGUGGAUCAGCAAGUGGCGGCGGUACUGCACGACCAACAUCUUCGGCCACACCCGCAAGUCCUACUUCGGGCGGCUAUUCUUACACAACUCCGUCGAGGCCUUUUGAUCCUGUAGGCUCUUCCAGUGGAGGGUCGCCAAGACCGUCUUCGUCUCCUGGAUACUCAAGUUCUCGACCCACGACACCAUUCACUCUUGGGUCAUCGUCAAGUGAAGAGGAUUCAUCUAGUGGGUACUCAUACCAAACCCCAGCCAGUCCAUUUGUUACUCAGCCAUCAACUCCGCUCUCCCCGCGUCCAACCUCCCCUACCACUUACAGACCAGCAUCCAGGCCAUCCUCCCCUACCACUUACAAACCAGCAUCCAGGCCAUCCUCCCCUACCACUUACAAACCAGCAUCCAGGCCAUCCUCCCCUACCACUUACAGACCGAAGUCCCGCCCAACUUCAGCUGCCACUUACCAAACUCCAGCUCGUCCAACCCCCACACCCAGCUUCAGACCGCCUCGCCCAGUCUCCCCCGCUACCACCCUCAAGGCAACACCCAGUCCAUACGAACCUGGAAGACCGAGGCCGACUCCAACACCCACUCAAUUUAAACCAUCUACCGGAUAUUCCUACGAAGAGCCUUCGGUUCCAUUCGGACCGAUUUCUGGCUCUUCUGGUUCCUCAAGUCACUUCUCGUCAGGUUCUGUAAGCCAAUUUUCCCCUGGCACUUCGAGCAUUUCGUCUGGUUCUUCUGGCCACUUCUCUAUUGGGUCUUCAGGUCUUUCGUCCAGUUCUUCUGGCAGUCAGGCCUCGGGAUAUGCCUACGAGCCUCCACCUGGCGGCAAGACUUUUGAUCCCUUCGGCUCGCAGGCUUCAGGGAGCAGCGUCCAGUCACUUGGAGACCGCCAGUCGACUAAGUUCGGUGGAUCGGAGGCUUACGGAUCAAGCAGUAUUGGCGGCAGUGGGUCACAGGGGGAGUCUAGUGGAUUGAGUCAUUUUGGUAUCGGUGGCGCGUCUGGAAGCAGUGGAUCAGGCGGCAGCAGUAGUGGAUUUGGAGCCAGUGGAUCAAGUGAUAUCAGUAGCGGUGGAUACGGAGGUAGUGGUGGAUCGGCAGGCAGUGAAUCAAGUGGCAGCAACAUCAGUGGAGGAUCAGUACGUGGUGGUGGUGGUAGAUUUGGAAGUGGUGGAUCACGUGGUAUUGGUGGAUCAGGCACUAAAGCCAGUAGUGGAUCGCAAGGAGCGUCUAGUGGAUUUAGCCACUUUGGUAUUAGUGGAGGAUCUGGAAGCAGUGGAUCAAGUAGCAGCAGCAGCAGCAGUAGAGGAUUUGGAGGCAGUGGAUCAGUUGAUACCAGUAGCGGUGGAUACGGUGGUAGUGGUGGAUCAGCAGCUAGUGGUAGUAGAUUUGAAAGCAGUGGAUCCAGAGGUAGUAGUGGUGGAUCAGGCAGUACAGCCAGUAGUGGAUCACAAGGAGCGUCAAGUGGAUUUAGUCACUUUGGUAUUAGUGGCGGAUCUGGAAGCGGUGGAUCAAGCAGCAGCAGCAGCAGUAGUAGUGGAUUCAGAGGCAGUGGAUCAGUUGAUACCAGUAGCGGUGGAUACAGUGGUAGUGAUGGAUCAGUGGGUAGUGGUGGAUCAGUAGCUAGUGGUGGAUCAGUAGCUAGUGGUGGAUCAGCAGCUAGUAGUGGAUCAGCAGCUAGUGGUGGUAGAUUUGAAAGCAGUGGAUCCAGAGGUAGUGGUGGAUCAGGCAGCAGAGCCAGUAGUAGAUCGCAAGGAGUAUCAAGUGGAUUUAGUCACUUUAGUAUUAGUGGUGGAUCUGGAAGCGGUGGAUCAAGCAGCACCAGCAGUAGUAGUGGAUUCAGAGGCAGUGGAUCAGUUGAUACCAGUAGCGGUGGAUACAGUAGUAGUGAUGGAUCAGUGGGUAGUGGUGGAUCAGUAGCUAGUGGUGGAUCAGUAGCUAGUGGUGGAUCAGUAGGUAGUGGUGGAUCAGCAGCUAGUGGUGGUAGAUUUGAAAGCAGUGGAUCCAGAGGCAGUGGUGGAUCAGGCAGCAGAGCCAGUAGUGGAUCACAAGGAGCGUCAAGUGGAUUUAGUCACUUUGGUAUUAGUGGCGGAUCUGAAAGUGGUGGAUCAAACAGCAGCAGCAGUAGUGGAUUCAGAGGCAGUGGAUCAAGUGAUACCAGUAGCGGUGGAUACGGUGGUAGUGGUGGAUCAGUAGGUAGUGGUGGAUCAGUAGCUAGUGGUGGAUCAGUAGCUAGUGGUGGUAGAUUUGAAAGCAGUGGAUCCAGAGGCAGUGGUGGAUCAGGCAGCAGAGCCAGUAGUGGAUCACAAGGAGCAUCAAGUGGAUUUAGUCACUUCGGUAUUAGUGGCGGAUCUGAAAGUGGUGGAUCAAGCAGCAGCAGCAGUAGUGGAUUUAGAGGCAGUGGAUCAAGUGAUAGUAGUAGCGGUGGAUACGGUGGUAGUAGUGGAUCACGUGGUCUUGGUGGAUCAGGCAGUGCUACCAUUGGUGGAUCACAAGGGGAGUCUAGUGGAUUGAGUCACUUCGGUAUAAGUGGCGGAUCUGGAAGCAGUAGUGGAUUUGGAGGCAGUGGUGGAUCACGAGGUCAUGGCGGAUCACGAGGCCGUGGUGGAUCAAGCAGCAGCAGCAGUGGAUACGCAGGUAAUGAUGGAUCAGGAAGUACAACCAGUAGUGGAUCACAAGUAGCGUCCAGUGGAUUGAGUCACUUCAGUGUAAGUGGCGGAUCUGGAAGCAGUGGAUCAAGUAGCGGCAGUAGUGGAUUUGGAGGCAGUGGUGGAUCACGAGGUCAUGGCGGAUCACGAGGCCGUGGUGGAUCAGAAAGUGGUGGAUCAAGCAGCAGCAGUGGGUACACACACAGUGGUGGAUCAAGCAGCAGCAGUGGUGGAUCACGAGGUAUAACUGGAGGAUUGAGCACCACCGGUGGAUCAAGAGGCAGUGGUUCCUCCAGUGGAGUGAGCCAUUUUAGUAUUGGUGGUGGAUUAGGCGAUAAUGGCCGACUUGAAGGUAGUGGUGGAUUAAAAGUCAGUGGUUCUAGAAGCAGUGGAUCAAGCGGCAGUAGUGGAUAUGGAAGCACAAGUGGGUCAGAGGCCACGUCUGGUGGAUCUGGGAGUAGUGGAUCCAGAGGCAGUGGUGGAUCAGGGGUCUCCUCUAGCGCAUUAAACCACUUUGGUAUUAGCGGUGGAUCAAGUGGUAGCAGUGGUGGAUCAAGUAGUAGCCGUGGAUCAAGUGGAAGCCGUGGAUCAAGUGGCAGCCGUGGAUCAAGUGGCAGCAGUGGUGGAUAUAGCAGUUCAGGAUUUAACGGUCUUGGUGGAUCGGUAGGCGGCGGUGGAUCUAGUAGCAAUGGAGCUUCUGGUGCUGUGAGCCACUUUAGCAUUGAGGGUGGAUCAGGACGUGGUGGAUUAGGUAGCCAUGAUGGCUCUGGAGGUUAUGAUGGAUUUAGUGGUAGUGGUGGAUCAGGAGCCAGUGGUUCAGGCAGCAUCAGUGGUGGAUCAGGAGCCAGUGGUUCAGGCAGCAUCAGUGGUGGAUCAGGAGCCAGUGGUUCAGGCAGCAUCAGUGGUGGAUCAGGAGCCAGUGGUUCAGGCAGCAUCAGUGGUGGAUCAGAAGCCAGUGGUUCAGGCAGCAUCAGUGGUGGAUCAAGAGCCAGUGGUUCAGGCAGCAUCAGUGGUGGAUCAAGAGCCAGUGGUUCAGGCAGCAUCAGUGGUGGAUCAAGAGCCAGUGGUUCAAGUGGCAUCAGUGGUGGAUCAAGAGCCAGUGGUUCAAGUGGCAUCAGUGGUGGAUCAAGAGCCAGUGGUUCAAGUGGCAUCAGUGGUGGAUAUGGCGGAAGUGGUGGAUCACUGAGCCAAAGUGGAUCAGGAAGAGGAGGUUCAUCUAGUGGACUUAGUCACUUUGGGAUUACUGGCGGAUCAGGAGGCCAUGGUGAAUCAAGCAUUAGUGGUGGAUCAAGCGGCUAUGGUGGAUCAGAAGCCAGUGGAUCACGUGGCAUCAGUGGUGGAUCAGGAGCCAGUGGUUCAAGUGGCAUCAGUGGUGGAUCAAGAGCCAGUGGUUCAAGUGGCAUCAGUGGUGGAUAUGGCGGGAGUGGUGGAUCACUGAGCCAAAGUGGAUCAGUAGAUGCAAUUUCUACAAGUGGACUUAGCCACUUUGGUAUUACUGGUGGAUCAGGAGGCAGUGAGUCAAGUGGCAGCAGUGGAUUUGCAGGAGGCAGUGGAUCAGGUCAUGCCAUACGUGGCAGUAGCGGUGGAUCAAGGCAUGCUGGAUCAGAUGGAAGCAGUGGAACACAUGGCGGAUUUGGUGGAUCAGGAAUCGAUGGUGCUGUUAGUGGGGCGAGUCACUUCAGCAUUGGAUCAGGAAGUGGUGGAUCUGGAGGCCGUGGUGGAUCAGGAGGCCGUGGUGGAUCAGGAGGCCGAGGUGGAUCUGAAGGCCGUGGUGGAUCUGGAGGCCGUGGUGAAUCUGAAGGCCGUGGAGGAUCUGGAGGCCGUGGUGGAUCUGAAGGCCGUGGUGGAUCUGAAGGCCUUGAUGGAUAUGGAGGAAGUAUCUCUGGAAGUAGUAGUGGAUCAGGUAGUUCCGGAGGAUCAGGAGGCCUAGGUGGAUCAGGAGGCCUACGUGGAACAGGAGGCCAAGGUGGAUUUGGAGGAAGUGGUGGAUCAGGGGCUCAAGGUGCAUUUGGAGGAAGUGGUGGAUUAGGGGCUCAAGGUGGAUUUGGCGGUAGUGGUGGAUCAGGGGGCCAUGGUGGAUUUGACGGCAGUAGUGGGUCAGGAGACUAUGGUGGAUUUGGCGGCAGUAGUGGCUUAGGGGGCCAAGGUGGAUUUGGCGGAAGUGGUGGAUCAGGGGGCCAAGGUGGAUUUGGCGGUAGUGGUGGAUCGGGAGGCCAAGGUGGAUUUGGCGGUAGUGGUGGAUCAGGGGACCAAGGUGGAUUUGGAGGCAGUGGUGGAUCAGGGGGCCAAGGUAGAUUUGGCGGGAGUGGGGGAUCAGGGGGCCAAGGUAGAUUUGGCGGGAGUGGGGGAUCAGGAGAUCGAGGUGGAUUUGGCGGGAGUGGAGGAUCAGGGGGCCAAGGUGGAUUUGGCGGGAGUGGAGGAUCAGGGGGCCAAGGUGGAUUUGGCGGGAGUGGAGGUUCAGGGGGCCAAGGUGGAUUUGGCGGGAGUGGAGGAUCAGGGGGCCAAGGUGGAUUUGGCGGGAGUGGAGGAUCAGGAGGUCGUGGUGGAUAUGGCGGUAAUGGUGAAUCAGGUGGACGAGGUAAGCCUGGACACACUGGAGGCGUGGGCGGCGUGGGUGGCGUGGGCGGCGUGGGUGGCGUGGGACCUGAUGGUCCGAGCGGUCCCUACCCCUCAGGGACGGCUGGUAAGUCUUCAGGAAGAGGAGCUGGAUUCGGAGGAUCAAGGAAGUCUGCUGUCGGAGGACCUUCACUCGUGGCCAAGCUCACGUCCGGACGCAAGUUGCAGAAGUUCGGCCCAGGUGGACGACGGGACUUCGACGACACCCUGGGCCCGGAGGUGUGCGAGCGCGCGGGGCUCUUCCGACACCCAGACACUUGCGACAAGUUCUACGAGUGCUACUGGGACCGUUGGGUGGAGCGCUUCACUCUCCACGUCUUCGACUGCCCCAUCACCAUCGUCUAUGACUCUGGUAUCACAGCCUGCAACUGGCCCUUCAAUGGCCCCCCCUGCACCGACAAAACCCAUGCCUAAAUACCCACCCACAUUCACCCUACCCACAUCUCUGAUACAUACGCGAACCUCUAUGACAGUUGUCAUCACCAGCAGGCCUGAAGAGAGGAUGUCACUGGUGGUCUUUCCCGCGCUCUGUUCUCUCUUCACUCUGGCGUCUGGUUACAAUUUCGUGCCAUCAUAUACAUCAAUUAUGUAAACGAGAGUAAAUCCAGUAUUAUACCAUAUAAGUGGAUGCCACGAGAAUGGUCUUCGAUUCGUCUCUAUUGAAUUAAUGCCCAUAGUGAUCUUGUAUUUAUUGAACGCUAUUUAUUAUAUAUUUAUUUCAUGAUCCAAGAGGACCACCUUACUCUGGUCACUGGCGCGUCACCAGCAGCGGUGAGCGCACUGUCGGGAUUGCUGUGCCAAAAGGAAACUGCUCCUGCCAGUAUAGUGUUGCCUGUGCUGCAGGGGCGGGAGUGUUGCCUGUGCUGCAGGGGCGGGAGUGUUGCCUGUGCUGCAGGGGCGGGAGUAGAGGCCACCACCAUCACGCCGGCCCGGGACCCUCAACAAUUACCUUCUCUCACCAAUGAUGACUCUAGGCUCCCACCCAUGACACUCCCACGACUGUAGGAGCCCCCUCUUGAAGAGUUCUCUUGGGUAUCCCGGCCAGUGCGUUUAUUUGUCUAAAUUUUUUAAUCCGAGUAGUUUUCCUUGCCUCUAGACUACACGAAACAAGGUUCUUCUGCAGCCUACUACACUUAAGAGGCCUCGUAGGGGUGUCGCCCACCGGCCUCGCCUUCUGCAAGUUUCCUAUACUUUCUGCGUAACUUUAUGCGUGUGGGUAUUUAUUGUAUCUCUACUGGAGUUGAACGGACACAAAAUACAGUGUUCCGGUAGAGAUUGUGUUGCUUCUUUCUCUUAACUUGGGGUGAGGAUCUGCUGGGGUGCUUCUUAGGUCGUAGUCCUUACCAUAAACGUAGCCGUAGGUGGAGCCUAGUCUGGCACGCUAGAUGGCUCUAUGAGUGCCACUUCUGGCUCUGUGAGUGCCACUUCUGGCUCUGCAGUGAAGCUUCGUCAGACGCAGCUUCGCCGCAUGUUCCACUUAGGACUGUGCUUUAUGGUACCAGCAAUUGCGUCAUAACCUAAACGGGAUAACUUUAGCGGGCAAAUAGAUGGCUUACUAUCCAAUUAAAUAGCAGAUAUUAGCACUGUUCAGAAUAACAUGUAGCAAAUAAAAAAAUAUAUUUUUCCCGUCCCCCAAAAAAACUAUUCAAAUGUGAUACUUUUAUACCAUUUAAUAACUGGACGCGAAUUCUCACAGAAACAGCUGGAACUUUGCUUUGUAAAGUGUUGCCAACUUGGGACGAAAGCUUGUCAACCUUGUGGUGUAGGUCGCUUGUGUUAACAGCUUCAAUAACCAAGAUUCGUGAAGCAUUUACGCAUCCACUUACGAAACCUGUAAAUCAUUUAUCAAUAAUAACGGCAUUAUUAUUUAUUGAACAGUUUCGGAGCUUUGAAGCUCCAUAACCCAAGGUUAUUGCUCUUCUAAACUAACCUCGUAGUGUUUCAAAGCUCAUAAACUAUUUAACAAAUGUAAACAAAGCCGCUGAAAUUGAGAAAAGAUGAUGUAGAGGUUUCGUAAGAGGACGCGUAAUGCAUCGCCUCGCUCCCAACAAUAUUUUCUAUUCAUUGCAACCCGUGUGGGAUGCACACGACCACUAGGAGUCUUUAUCCUGCAAUACCUUUGGUCAAUGUCACAAUGUUGUACACUUACUUGUAAAGCACAAUUCGUCCUGAGAAAAUAUUGUAAUAUACUGUAAGUAAUAAUAAAGACGCCAAUAUUUAUUUAUA